AGAAAUAUUAAGAUUGUCUACUGCAACUGGGCUGCUUUCUAGCAGCAGCAGCGGUGGCUUCACUCAUUCGAUCGUAUAAACAGUAGAACAGCGCUACCUUUGUAUUUAUUAUUGUUGUUCUUACAUCCAAGGCGAGUUCAUUGGUGCUUUUAUUCGAUUUGUUACGUACGACUUAACGGACGAUAUUGUUUGUUGUUAUGAUUGAGACACACUUAUGGCCAGCAUAACUUCUAGUCACUCAAUUGAUUGUCCCACGAUCUGCUCAAAUUCUUUUGUACGGGGUGAUUUUCGGAUGUUGAGUGAUUCUAACGGAAACAUGUACGUCUGGUUGCAUUUGAUCCCUCACUUGACUGGUUGACAAUCCUGAUUUGAUGAAUAACAUUAAGAUAGAUGGUAAUAUAUUCUGUGAAAGAAAAAUUAAAAACAACACUCUGUCGGAUGGGUUGUAGAACAAUUUUGCCCAACAUGGAAAAACUUUCUCAUUGCGGGCCUCUUCCAAUUACAUCUUCAAAUGUAGGCUUAGAUUAUGGGAACCAUGUCAUUGAAGCCCUAUUAAAAAUGUCCAGUGACACAGACGAUGAUGAAGAUCAGAGUUUUGAACAAUCAGAAGUUGUUGACACAAGGAACAAAAAUUUACUCUGUCCUUCUGAGUCAACACCAAUGCCUCCGGUUAUACUACAUAGUCAGACUACAAAUUACAAAUUGUACUGUUCACCUAUAUCACAAAGUUCAGCAUUAAAUAUGGUACAGUCUCCAACAAAUCAACCUGUCUCAUUAAAAACUCAUGGAAUACUGUCACCACCAAUGUCCUCAUCAUUAUCAUCAUCAUUGUCAUCUGUUUCUUCAUGGCCUAAAAAAUCAACAAAAUAUUCAAAGGAAGAUUCUUUUACAAAGUUUAUAUCUGAUAAGCGUCAAACCUGUUCAAAUGACGAACAGAGUAAACCCAUUGAGUUAAAUGUUACAACACCUCGUUUGGAAAAGAGACCAACAUAUGCUAACCUUAGCAGUAUUCAUAGAACUGAGGCUAAUGAUGAAGGUAAUGUUGAACCUUUGUCUACUUCAUCCUUAUCAAGUUUAACUGAUGGUUACCCUGCUUUCACAGGGGAUACCUCAGACUGCCCUUAUGGUCAAAAUUAUAACAAACCACGUGGGCUGACAAAGUUUGAAUAUCAUUCACACUAUAUUAAACAGUGUCGAAUUGAGAAAACUGCUCGCACCAAGAAAGUAUGGGAGAGAUCACCAAAGCGACAGCAAGUUAUCUCUCGCAAAAGAAAACUCAUCAAAAAGUGUCAGUUGGAGAAUUACAUGGAACAAAACACUCCAGUGUCUGCUCACCAUGAACGGAAGAAGAAAAUGUUCCAUAGCAACACAAAAAGCAGUCGCAAAAGAAGAAUUGUAAAUAGUAAUUUAAAAUCCAAGAAUAAUUCCAGCAGAAAUUUCCAGAAUCAAUUUUCUGAAACUGCUGAUCUCUUAAAUGAAACAAUUGGUCGUCUUGGCCAAUCUGAUUUGGUACUGACUGAUUCUGGUAGAGAAAGCAAAAAUGAACACCCAUGUUUGGAGUCACAUACAAGUGUUAUUUUAUCUGAUACUUCAUAUCCAAGUAGCAGCCAGACUUGGUCCACUCCAGAGAGCAUGAAUACAGAAGUAAUAUCAGGUACAAGCAGCUAUGGGUUGUUCAAGUCUAGAAUUGAUCCCGGUCAGUUUACAUCUUCACCAUUACCUAACAUUUCAGACUCUUCAUCAGGACCUUGCCAAGAGUUGCCCUUACCUAGUAGUUCCCUAAAUUUGUCUUCAGUGGAAGAACAUAUUUCUGCUAGUGACAGCCUUGAUAUGUCCCUUGAGGAAGGCAACAAAGCAUUUGUUCAAAUUGAAACUUCCAAUGAACAAUCACAGUUGCAGCUGCUUUGCAAUGCAAGUGGAGAUACAAAACAUGAAAUAGUUCUCUCUGAUAGUUCAGUUUCACUGUCUGUUUCUCUUGGGGAAAGGCCUGAUUGUGUUGGUCAGUCAUGUAGCAGUGAUUCUGAAGCAGAGGCUGAGAAUGAAAAUGUUGAAGCCAGUGAUAAGAGUAAUGACUCAAAUUCUUUUCAACACGCCUCAAAUAUUCUGUCAUCAACCCGAAACAGUCAGAAAGACAUAUCACUUGAGAGAAAAGGGCCAGUAAUUAUCUCUCCCCUGUCUAUUGAUAUGGGUUCUCCUUCAUUAAUUUCAUUUGAGGAAAAUAAUCAACAUGAUGAGUUGUCAUUGUCUAAUAACAAAAGUUUCCUAAAUGAUCUGUCACCAAAGAACACAAAUUUGGUAACUGAUAAAAAAAAGAAUUUUCUGAAACUACCUACACAAUCUUUCUCAGCCUCUGCUUCCAAAAUGCAGAAUGCUGCUCUGCAAGGUUCUUCUUCAACAUCUUCAAUACAGCAAAAUGCUGCCACCACUACUACUACUACUACUGCUGUUUCUAAACAAGAUCACAACCAAAUUUUAGUUAAGAGUAAAAAAGUGCCUCAUUCAGCAUAUUCAACCAACCAGUUCUGCAAAGAUAAAUCUUCAUACAGCAAUCACAGUUUGCCAGCUGAUUCAUUCCAAGACACUAGUUCUGUGUAUUUCUCUCCUGGUAAGUCUUCCCAUUGUCACAAAGGUCUGUCUCCUUUCAGUCCAAUAUCUAACAUCUCUAAAGACAAUCAAAUGAAGCCAGAAGGUGCCAAACCAAAGGUCCACAGACAAGUGGCCAAAAAAAAUCACGAUAAGAGAGCCAAUAACAACAAUUCUUCAAGUAAUCGCAGACACAGAGGAAUGUUAGAACAUCGAAGAUCGAGAUCACAUAAUAAAGAAAAUACUGAUUUGUCAGAUUUCGAGCAAAGUAGUAACAAGCAUUUCUUUGAACGAGAAUUUAUCUGCUCUUCUAGAGACACUCCACAUAUUUCAAAAGACUCCGGAUUGGGAGCUUGUCGAAAAUCUUACCAAUCUCCUCAAAUUGCUUCUCUCGCCAACAGCCCUGCACUCACAGUUGCAGGGGCUUCCACUGACCCCACUGAAAGCAAUGAAAUCAAAAGAAAUCGGCAGCCCAUUGUUGAUGGCUUCCGACUACGUAAUAAGAAGGCUGUGAUGAAAAAAUUUUGGAAUUUUCAAAAGAAGUUUAUCCGGAAAAAUCCACAAAACAAAGAUGAUACAGAAUUUAAGACUCUGGCACACGUCUGAAUGUUUAAUUUAAUGUCAUUUAUAAAAUUAUAAGCUUUCCUCUCUUUUUUUUUAUGUUUUUGUAUUUUUUAAAAUCUGUUUUUCACUUCCUCAGCUAUAUUUACUCUUAAAUUAUAUUUAUAAUUUUUACUGUCAAAUGUUGUGUCUGAGUUCUUUCAUUUCUUCCCUGUCAUGAUUUUUAAAGUUUAUUUAAUCUUUUGCUUUGGAUUUCUUUUCCUUUCUUUUUUUUUUUUAAUUACCUCCUGUUUUUUGUUGGUUUUUUUUUUUAAAACACUUUUAUUUAUUUUUUCCCCUCAUCUGAUUUAUACUCCAUUACAGUUUCUGUUUUCAUUCAGCUUGUGACUGUUUGAUUGCAGUGUGUCAUCAAAAUUCAUCAUUCGUAAUACAAAUGAAAGCAAAAAAAAAAAUCUUUUUUUUUUAUAAACAUUGAAGACUGCAAAAUGUCAAAUGUUUUAACAAUAACAAAUGUCACGUCUAAAUCAUCAAUAUUUUGACUGCCAUGUGUUUCACUCCUAUUUAUUUCAUAUACACACACACACUUGCUCAUUCUUGCACUCAGACACCUCAUCUCAUAAUCAGCAUUUCAGCUCCCUAUAAGAUAAUUAUUUAAUACCAUUUAAUAAAGAUGUUUUUGAAAUGAAUAACAAUAUACUACUACAACUGCUGCUGCUUCUACUACUACUACAUUUACAAUUUCUACUUCUACCUUAACUACUACAAUAAAUGCUGAUGAUGAUAAUAAUAAUAAUAAUAUUAACUAAUGAUAAUAAUCCUUUCUACUAAAGGCACAAGGCCUGAAAUUUGGGAGAGUGGGAUAGUCGAUUACAUCGACCCCAGUGUUUCCCUGGUACUUAAUUUAUCAACCCCAGAAGGAUGAAAAGCAGUUGAUCUCGGCAGAAUUCAAACUCAGAAUGUAAAGAUGGGCCAAAUACUGCAAAGCAUUUUGGAUAAUAAUAAUAAUUAUAAUUAUAAUAAUUCUUUCUAAUUCAGGUACAAGGCCUGAAAUUUUGGGUAAGAGGGGUAGUUGAUUAUGUCAACCCUAAUGCUCAAAUAGUACUUAUUUCAUUGACUUAUUUUGAUGAUCCUUAAAGGAUGAAAGUCAAGGUCAGCCUCAACAACAUUUCAAAGAGUGUAAAGCUGGAAGAAAUGCUUCUUGGCAUUUCAUCCAAUUCUGCCAGCUUGCUGCCUUCUUCAUCAUCAUCAUCAUCAUAAUAAUAAUAGUAAUGAUAACAAUAACAACAACAACAAUGACGAUGAUGAUAAUGAUAGUGAUUUUUUUUUUUUUUUUUACAUAGAGAGAGAGGCAUUAAUUUAGGGAGUGGUGUGUAAUUAAGUGAACUCUAGUAAUUGGUUUGUAUUUAUUUAUAUUAAUGAGUUUUUGAAGAAUGAAAGACAAGUUGUAUCAGCACUAUGAAUUCUACCACUCCCCCAUCCUACUAAUAAUAAUAAUUAAAAUAAUGUUUUCUUUAUUAACUAAUAAGGGUUGAUAAAAACAUUGGGGACAUUACAGGAUGUUACAGUAUGGGAUUACAUAAAAGCAUGUAAAAAGUAAAAUAACAGAAACAAGAAAAUUCAAACAAGGUAUAAUUCUCCAAAAGAAGAGACUUCUAAGAGUUACUUAUGGAAAUGUCAUAAAACCAUAGUUACCUUGACCAUUAAGACAACUGCCUUCUCACGUUGGCCUCUUCCAAUCAGUAGGUGCAUGCUUAGGACAGGUCCUUUCAGUCAGACCGUGCUUGCUACUCACAUCCACCUUUCACCAAGUUUACUGGGAGGCAGUACUUCCCCUUUUUAUCCUCAUUUUCCCAUUGUAGUGAAACUCGAUAAAGUUGAAAGUGUGUCUUUCAACCUCAUCCACCACACAACUUCUUUUACCAUAGUCCCCUGACAAAUAAAGCUUGCCUGUCUUUCCCAGCAAAGGAAGGUGGUGGGAUGAUCUUCACAACAGACACAGCUGGUGGAUCCCCCCCACAUAUUACAGUAGGUUUUCGAGGCAGCAAAGCCUAGGCACUGGACAAGUAUGUACAGGAAGGUUUCAUUGCUUUGCACAUAUCUCAAACAGGUUUAGCUGAUGGUGCUUCUUGACUUGUAGAGUUUAUCUGAAACUGGUAAUAACCCCUGGUAGCAAAGCAAGGCCAGGGAUUUCUAGUAAUUAUCAAUGAGCCCAGGCCUGAAAACCCUUUGAAAUUUCCAGCCAGUUCAUUUUCAUUGAUAUCCAGACUCUCUCACCCCCAAGAGUUCAUUGCUUUUGUGCCACUAAUCCUCUGUAGAAUGCCAACAUAGAACUGCCACCAACUGGUAGAGGCCUGUGUGUACUUUGUGACAUUCCAGAUGCUAAGCACCUUCUCUCAGCCAUUGCUUGACACAGCUCUGCAUCUGUGUCAAAGAGAGGAGCUGUAAAAAAAUACAUUUGACAAACAGUGACCAUACCUGUUCACUAUCAGGGAAUUACUGUGGAUGUCACAGCCUCAGCACAUGUCUAUAUCAUCAACUACACCAUGCCCAAUCUUCCCUCAGCAGAUGUCUACAGGAGGCAUGUGGUUUAGUUAGGGUGUUGGACUCAUGAUCAUAUAAGAUUGUGGUUUCAAUUCCUGGACUGGGCAACGCAUUGUGUUAUUGAGCAGAACACUUCAUUUCACAUUGCUCCAGUUCACUUAGCUGGCAAAAAUGAGGAAUUUAUGCUCCAUGGAAACCAGAAAACCGGCCCUUAUGAGUCAGCAUGACUCGAGAAGGUAACCAGCCAACCAAGGUGUUUACAGAAAAUAGAGCAUCUGCCCAAUGGAACAUGUGAAUCUUCCUCAAAAAGAGGAAGUGCAGAUGCUCUUACUAUCUAGUAUUUAGUCUGGCACUCCUCUGUUUACUGGUACUACUACUAAUAAUAAUAAUUAUAAUAAUGAUUUCAAAUAUUGGCUCAAGGCCAGCAAUUCUGGGGGAGAAUGACUAGAUUACAUCGACCCCAAAAGGAUGAAAGACAAAGUCAACAUUGGUGGGAUUUGAACUCAGAACAUAAAGACAGACGAAAUGCUGCUAAGCAUUUUGCCUGGAAUGCUAAUGAUUCUGCUGCCUUUAUAACAACAAUAAUAAUAAUAACAAUGACAACAACUCCUAGAGGGAGUAAAAGCGAAGAUGACCCCAGUUGAAUUUGAAGCGUUCAUAAGAUAAAGUGAAUUAACUUAAUACUGAAAUAUCAAUUAAUUUCACCAGUAGGAAGUGUCGGAGGACAUAAAAUGGCAAUAUAUCUAUAUACAAACAAAAGGAGGUAGUUUACAGUGAUUGAAUACAAAAUAAUUUACACACACUGGCUAGAUAUAGCAGCCAAUUGUCUCACGGUAUAUCUUACCAAUUUUAAAAUAUGAACAGACAUUGAAUAAUAUAGUUCUAAAUAUAGUAAGGUUGGAAAGUCUUUGAUUAUAGGUCUAUUAUGCUACAAUUAUUGAAAUGGAAAAGAGGACUCCCUUAAAGAAAGCUACACAGGAACAAUCAAAAAGCUUGAAAUUUCUACUAUUUUCAACUAUAAACUAAUUAUUAUGUUCCUACUGCAUAGAUAGAGAAAACAAAGAACAAACUCCACCAUUUUUCAAUGAAAUUUCCCCUAGCCUAGAGCACCAGUAAUCUCAUCUCUGCCUAUAUUUCUGACACUUGUUCAUUGCCCCUUCACUCAUCUCCAUUUUCCCAGAUCUUUCAUUCAUGUUUACCCUGUCGACCCUUUCAAUAAGGCCAUUAAACAGACUAAAAAAAGUCUUCCUAAUCAUACAUAUAAAUACAAACACAUACGUGAAUGUAUAUAUACACACCUAUAAUAUAUAUAUAUAGACACACCUAUGUAAAAUACUAAUUUUAGAUUGAAAAAGACCAACAAGCUAAUGGGGAGAUUGGUGAUUGAACCCUUUAUCUUUCACUUGCCAUGUAUGUAUUAUUUAUCAUACAUAUAAAAACAUUUACUGACAAGGGGAAGAUAUAUAUAUAUAUAUAUAUAUAUAUAUAUAUAUAUAUAUAUAUAUAUAUAUAUAUAUAUGUAAAUUGAUGAUAUUAUAUAUAUAUAUAUAUAUAAUAUCAUCAAUUUACAUUGGGUUUUCAAUGCUGACAUAGGUUAGUUUGACAGGUUUCAACAGGUUGGAGAAUCACACCUUGCUUUGAUAUCUCACUUUGGCAUGGUUUCUACAAUUUGAUGCCAUUCCUAUUAUCAACCAGUUUACAUAGUGUACUGAGUGGGUUUUUUUUUUUUCAAGUGGCACCAGCAUUAUAGAUGUUGCCUUGUCAUCAGCAACACUGAUAAACCCUCUCAAGCCUAGAUAAUCACUUAAAGUAUGUUGGGUGCUUUUUGGGGUUCCCUUGCUGCUUGAAAAGCAACAGAGAGUCCCCAUGAUGGAUAGAAGGAGCAUUUAUUGUGAGAGGAUGAGAAUGAUGGAGAGAGGAAGACAAAGAAGUAAUGGUAACGGGGUGAGUCAGUCUGCCUCCCUUGCCAACAUGGGUUAGACGGUACAUUUGGGUGCUAUAUGUAUAAAUCUAUAUAUAUAUAUACACACACACAUUCAGUUAUUUAUUAGAAAACAGCUAAUGAUUUUCACUCUGUUGCUACCCAGCUUUCUACCGUGUGUAGUCAUUCAAAGAAUGUCAACUCAACAUUGGACAUGUAGGAAAUAUCUGAAAAGCAACAGAGGCAAUCAUUAGUUGUUUCUUAAUAGAUAUAAACACUAUAUGUAUUGAGGUACUCUUUCUUUCGUUUUGUGUGUGUGUGGUGGCAAGGUGGCUAAGUGGCUGAAAUGUUGAACUACAAACCCAUGUCAUGAGUUCAAAUUUGCUACAGUCAUAUCCUCUGGGUAUAAGAAAUUAUUCUAUGUUGUAUCGUUACUUCUAAUUGCCAGGAGAUCAUUUAUCAUUCAUGCUUCACGCCAUAUUUAUGUACACUUCAAGGUUUUGUUGUUGUUGUUGUUUGUAUUGUAGUGUUUUGUAUUAAUGUUGAUCAUAUAGAAAUAAAGGAAACAUUAAUAUUGA